AUGGACGACGAGAACGGCGCGACGAUGAUGAUGCCGAUUACUAUCGCGGCGGCGGCGGCGGCGGAAGCGGUGGCCGUGGCGACACGGCCUAGGGCGGUGAGGAUGACAACGACGACUACGGUGGACAGCGUGGAGGUGGAUGAUGCUGUUUCGAUGGUGUCUGCUGGUACGCAGACGACACAUACUAGGAGUACGAGCAGCGGGAGUACCAAUAGCAGGGUUACCGCUACGACUACUACUACCACGAUUAAUGAGGAUGUUCCUGUCCCUACUACACCCGCUGUGGUAGUAGCUCCACAACCGGAAAAGCCCGGAAUUCAACAACCACACCCACCACCAGAGCAAGAACUUCAACAACAGCGCCAGGAGCUUCAAGAACAGCAACCUCAGGACGGUGGGACUUCCCAGGCAGUGCUCAGGGUUAUGGUACAGGUAGUUCUGGCUUGUGUCCAAGGAGCCGUGACAGUGGAAUGGUUGCUUACGCAACUGGUGGAUGCACUAAUAUGGCUUGUGGAGAUGGUGAUGAUGUUGGCUCAGGAGCGAGACUAA